UUGGAGCUGUGCUGAAGUGUUCGGCAAAAUGGUCUUCCAAUCUGUGUGUUUGCUCGUUCCAACGUACAGGAGACUCCAAAUUGUGUUGUGUGUAAUUUUACUCUGUGAUGUUAAUUCUUCAACGAUCCCUUCUGGAGCAGAUAAGGAAAGUACUGGAGGAAGUGGCAACAUUGUCUAUGAAGGGUUCUGGUUGAAGAUGGCGAGCCAGACGAAAGAGGAGGCAAAAAGAACAUACGAAGAAGAUUUGGAAGGUUUAUUUCGUGUAUGUGACAAAAAUGCUGAUGGUUUCAUGGAUCAUGAUGAGCUGUAUUAUGUCAUCAAGGAUACUGGGAGACCUUUUACAGAGGAGGAUAUUCAUGAUAUCAUGAGACAAUGUGACAAGAAUAAUGAUGAAUGGGUGAAGAUGAUGGAGAAGGUCCAGUAAAUAACCAACAUCCCUCAGGAACCCAUUAUGAUUCAACAAUGUAAUGAACUGUGUGUUGUUGCCCUUCUGAAGCCAAGUGAUCAGGCAUCUGAAAUACACAUGACGAGUGCAAAUAAUUCAAAAUCUGUUUGACAGGACUGAAGCUACAUCUUUAGCAGAGAGCUUCAGAGCUACUAUAGUUUUCUCUUUGUGAGGAAG